UAAAAGUUCUUAAUGGACCCCUCUUCAAGCAAAGACAAUUAUGAUGCUGAUUAUAAGGAUACAGCAGAGUUAAAUACAGAUUUUACUAAAAAUAGAUCUACUGAGGUUUAUCACUACGAGGCUCCUAACCUAACCUCUAUGCUGUACGAAUAUACCAAUAAGGAACAAGAAUAUAUUAACAGAUGUUUUCGGACUGGAAACUAUACAACACUUAGAGAAAUGCCUGACAAUUUUGUUGGGUGCACUCUUUUUAAGAAUGACGGUUCUAGUAGAUUCAGCAAAGGUCAGCCUCUGUUUGGAUCUGGCAUGGGUCAGAAAAACUUAGACUUAAAGCAGAGAUCAGUUCUUGAUAAAGACUCUAAGAGUGAUCCUAAUGAUAAAUUUAGUAAUAUGACUGAUGACUAUGAUGCAUUUCUUAAAUCUUUAAAGGAAGAGAAGAGAGGUGCAAAAGAAAAACAAAUGAAGCUGCAUAAAGAAGACUUUAAUCAAUACAAAGCGCAUCCUAAAUAUAAAGGAAAGUAUGAAGAUCCGUUCAGAACUGAUACAGAUAGCAAAGAGAAAUAUCACUUUCCCUUCUUAAAUGAGUCCGAUCCUUACGAGGCUGCUAAAGACGAGGUAUACAGGAACAAAUGGUUAGAAGAUAGUAAGAAUCUCUACGGUGAAUUUAAACCUUCUUACAAAGAGACAUCUCUUAAUAUCCCAGGAAGAACACUGUUUAUGGAAAUCUUGGAAGAGGUAAAGAAAGUCCUUCUUGCUGACUGGAAUGAUGUCAAUUUCGUUAUCGGAACUAACCCUCAAGAAAUGAUAGAAAUAAAAUUUGAAUGAAAUACUGAGGACACAGAAAAGGGAUUAAAAAUUUAUAUGAAUAAUUUUAUAUCAGCACAUACUGUUAUGAGAAAGUAUGGACUAAGAAGAGUUACCCAUUUCUGGGGAUAUAAGGAAGACUACUAUAUUUACUACAUGGUAGCUCCUCCUUGGGUUAAAUUACCAGUUAAUGAUGUUGUUAAUUACUGGAAAAUUAGCCAAGUACAUACACAAGAAACUGAAACUUCCGAACCAUCAUUUUCUAGUGAUGAAGAAGAGCUAUCAGCUAAGAAGAAAAUCAGGUACAGAAUUAAGAAUACUGCUAAAGAGAAGAAACCUCUGCUUUAUAGUAGAACAGUUGAUAUGUAA